UCAAAGAGACGAAAAAAAAGGUGUGGUGAUCUGAGGUAUUCAAGUAGUGGGCACGAAUCAAAGUUUCACCUCCAAAUCACCAACCCCACAUGCUCAAAAUUCCAAUUUGUGGCUCAACAUCAUCUCUUUCAACACAUUUCCUCUUCUUCUCUCUCUCUCCUCAUGUCCCACCAACUUGUUUCUUAGUAGUCAAUCACUGUUUAUUCCAAUUGCUAGCAACUCUCCUACCAAACAAUUAAACAAAUUUGUCCGGCAAUUCAUCUGUUCUUGUGUUAGUGGGAUAUUUAUCUUCAUUCUUGAUUUUUUUUGUGUGUGUGUGUGUGUGAGUGUGUUGAGAAAUUUUAAUGGUUGUUGUUUGGUGGGAGUAAUGAAGUAUGAGGACUCUUUGUGACGUUUGUGAGGGCGCUGCUGCUGUGUUUUUCUGUGCUGCUGAUGAGGCUGCUCUUUGUCGUGCCUGCGAUGAUAAGGCAUACUUGAAUCAUUUGUGUGUGUGUGUUCUGGAUGUUUAAUGUUUGUAAAGGUUGAAUCUUUUUUAGGUUCACAUGUGCAACAAGCUUGCUAGUAGGCAUGCAAGAGUUGGUCUAGCUAGUCCCAGCGACGUUCCACGCUGUGAUAUAUGUGAAAAUGCUCCUGCCUUCUUUUACUGUGAAGUGGAUGGCAGCUCCCUCUGUUUGCAGUGUGACAUGAUCGUGCACGUUGGUGGUAAACGAACACAUAGGAGAUUCCUCUUGCUCAGACAGAGAGUUGAGUUUCCGGGAGAUAAGCCUGGUCUGACUGGGGAGCCUGUUGCACAAGGCGUGGACAAGAGAGAUAACAACCACAACCACUCGCGGAGAUUGAUGGAUGAAGAUGAUCGGCAAGUUUCUCCUUCUGCAGACUUGGACGCCGGUGCAGAUAGAGAAGCUAAGAACGGUGCAGGAAUGAUUGAUUUGAAUAUGCAGCCUCAUCGUCUCCACAGCCACGCUGAAAACAAUCAGGGGUGAUGCUUUUCGAAGGGACUUGCAUCGCACUAGAUGGCUUUGCUUUAGGAUCGCGAGGAAGAUGAAGAUGCAGCGUUGUUUCUCUGAAUAGGAUUGUGGAGAAUGAAUUCUUUGAGCAGUGAGGGUAGUUGUAUAGCUAGAAGAAUGUGGUCGAGCAACGAGAAACAGCAACGGUUGCUUUUGUUGCUAACUGUGUAGAACUAGCUAGCUAGCUUUGUUGGGAGCAAUUUGCUCCUAGCCAAACAUGUCAAGUUUAAAAAUUGAAACCAUGUAUGUGUUUUUUGGCAUGAGUUUUGUGUUUCUUGAACAGAAUUUGAUUGCUGCAACUGUUAAGUAUCUUGCUUUGAGAUUUA